ACGGCGGUCUAAUUCUCUUUCUGUUUCUCCCGCUUUGCGCCUGGAACCUGUUGUUUUGCUUAGUGUUCCCUUUCUCUCGUUUCACCUUGAUUGUCUGCUAGCUGAAUUAGGACCAAUAGGACCGCUCGAGGCCUUCCUGCGUGGGAUUCAUCAGCUGUGCAAAUUAGCGCCCUUGGUCCUUAGUUACAUGCUCCAGGGUAGCUGUUCUCCCUCGCAUCUCCUUAUGUUCGACGGUUAACCAGACAUUAAGACCUGUGCCUUAGAUUGCACUUUCGACAUCCUACCAUUUAGUCUUAUUACCUUUUACCUCUGACCGACAGUUCGCACUGCCGCCAACCAAACUAUCGAGACGCCAGAGUGAGCCAAUCACUUCUUCGCUGCACCCCCUCCUUUAUCCAUCCUCCUUUCUGCCGUGGCUAGACAGGCAGUCGAAAAUUGUCAUUCACAACCCUAUAUAGUUGGCAGAGGGUGCUGAUAAGGUACCAAGGAUGUUGGGCUGACGGAAUGUCAACAUAAUAUCGUUGGCAGGUCCUCGAUUCUAGAACCUGGGCGCUUCUUCGGGUUUAAGGGCGCAAAAAGGAUAGUGACGAGGGUGGAAGGAGGUGCUAAGAAAAGCACAAUCUAACCGCCUGGCAGUUGAAAGCUGAUAGAAAGAUUCAUAAUGGACGGACAACGUCAACAGUAUAUUCCUGGAGCUCCCAUGGGAACCCUUCCUCAGGGUCAUAUUCCCUUUCCUCCUCCUCCGCCUCGAACUCAACCCUCCCAUGGCAUCACUCUACCGCCGCCGCCAGGACCUCCACCAACCUCAUCAUAUGCGCUCCAGGGGAUGCAGCAGAACUGGCCGAGACAAGGGAUGAACCAACAAUAUCCGCCCCCGCCCCCGAUAAUGCCAGUAAACCACGCCCAAAACCAGCAUUUAGCAGCGUAUCAACAACAACGAAAGCAAGGAUCCCUUUCUAUACAGCCCACCAUGAGCGCUGAUGACCCGCCUCUUACGUCUGCCACUUACAUCCCAGGAAGAGGGACAUUUGGUCCGGGUGUAGGAAUUCCGCCUCUUGUUACGCACGAGUCUCAUUUUCAGUUCGGCGGCCGGGAUCCUUACCCUUAUCAACAGCAUCAAGAUUUCGGAACCUUCAGACAACAAUAUUACAAACAACAACAGCCAAAUGAAGGGAUAGCUCAGCAUCACCUGGCUCAAAGACCAUAUCAACUAUCGAUACCCCAAUCCGCCCAACUAGACUCGAUCAAUACUGGACAAUUGACCAUGACAACAUAUAACUCCAAUUCCCAGGCAAAAUUACCUCUCUCUGAUACGCAACAACAUACCAACCAAAUGUCGAACAAUGCUAAUGCACCGCAAUCCAAUGGAACCACACCUCAUGGGGAUGCAGAAAAAUGGCCGUUGGAUCGGGUGUUACUCUGGCUAGCUAACAAUGGCUUUUCGCAAGACUGGCAGGAGACAUUCAAAGCAUUAGAUCUAAAAGGGUCUACAUUUCUCGAGCUGGGCUCGAGGGGCAACCUUGGCAAAAUGCAUCAAGUUGUAUACCCUCAACUAGCAAAGGAGUGUGUCAAAAGUGGGACCGGAUGGGAUCAUACCCGCGAGCGGGAAGAAGGGAAACGUAUGUGUAAGCUCAUUCGGCGGAUUUCUAGUACCCUUGGGUCUGACACCGGCGGACAUGGGCGGUAUUACGAAAAUGCGGCUUCACACAGUGCAUCCACAGAUGGCGGGAUAGAAAACUCGCCCAAUUUAAACCGGGAACCUAUGUCAGCUGUAUCGAACAAUGUUGCCUCCGAAAACAGCCCUGGUCCCCAGUUUGCUGAAGUUGACACAUCGAAUAUUGCACAAAGACAGUAUUCAAGUCAACAUAUGACUGUUCCGAACGCUGACACCGCGACAAAUGAUGGUAGUGGACAUGAUGGUACCCUUCGUCGAAAGCAGAGUCCAUCAAUUUCAAGUGACACCGGUUUCCCACCUCCGACAUACUCCGAAAGUAAAUCGCACGCUAAUAGCCCUGCCGCUCAAUUUGCAUCUCUUUCUUCUCCCAGUCAUCACAAUAAACGCAAUAGUUCUGACUCAACUAUGAGCCGUGGCUUAUCUUCUCAGGGUGGGACUGCUCCCAACGGUCCGAAUUCCUCUAUUCGGACCAGCAUCGGUGCUGCACUCGGAGACUGGCGUACUGGACACAACUCCUCUCCGCAAGAACAGCAGAAACAAGUGAAUGAGACUCCCCAUACUCAGGGCAAAAGUCUGUUCCAUAUAUUUAGGAAAAAGAACAACCAUGAGAGUCAUCAUCAAUUCUCCGACGAGAUGUUUGAUUCCCCAACAAGCCCGGGGGUAGACGUCCGCAAUACUCCCCCUUUUGCCACUUCUUGUCAGGUACCAUCGACUGUACCAAAUUACGACAAACCUCGAGGGCAAUCGUGGGGUAUACCACCACCUUCACCGGCCAAGAAAUUUGUAUUUGGAACAGUUGACGGAUGGAACUUCCGCUUGAUUGACGUUUCCGAUGUUGAUGCUGCUGAUUCACUCCGGGCACUCAUCUGCAAUAGUGUCGGUAUCAAAGAUCCCGGAAGCGCUUUGAUUUACCUCACUGAGCCCGGUCAGAUCAUGCACGAAGAACCCCUCAGUGACACUAUGCUUGUUGUCAAUCGUCGUGCCAGAUCCGACCACCUAGGUAGUUUGAAGUUCUUCAUCCAGAGCAUUGCCAUGCCACCAUCAGCGGGUUUAGGGGUCACUUUUGAACGAUCAGUGAACGGUUACAGAGUCCCAUUGGAUAUGGCUGAAGAUGACAGUGCAACUCGAGUUUCUACAGCACGACGGGUCACUCCAGCGGAGAGAUCCCAGAAUGGCUUAUCCACCACAAGUGUCUUUCCAACUCCUAACGGAGGCCAGGCCUCUCACCCGAACUUUUUGUCUGACCAAGAAAAGGAGGUCCUCAUACAACGUGCGCACGAACAGCAUCUCCGCGAUGCCGAACGUAAACAGAAGGCUUAUCUUGAAUCCCGGAAGGAUAAGAUACAACGAACAGAAAUUACUACUGGAAAUACUGCUGUUAGUAUCAAGGGCGACCGUGUUAUCGAUUUCAACGCUCCCCGAACUUCUCCAUAUGAGGAUAAAAGACAAGAGACUCUGAUUCCGUUGCGCAAGCCACCACUAGCCCCAUCUGAGUCGAAUACCCUCACUAAAGUCAACUCCCUUAGCAAGAAACCUGAGGAUCUCCGGAUGAGGAAUUCAAAGGAGUUCCAGCCAGAUUUCCACAGGCAAGCUUCCUCAGAUGCAAAAUCCAGUUCUCCAGGGAUUGGCUUUGGUCUAGGGGCUGCUUUGGCGAGUGUUGGAAAGAUGUCAGGAGUAAUUGGCACACCUAUGGGAUCAUCUACCGUUCCCAGCCAUACUGCUGACAGUGCAGUGAGGACAGAAUCUCGCCUCUCUGAGUCUGGUGCCAUAUCACCAGGUACAGCUAAAUUUUCCGAGAAAGAUGGACUCUCAAAUGUGCCGGUUCGUAGUGAAAAUGUCGAAAGAGAUAAUGAUAACGUUGUUCGAAACCCUGUCAGCGAAUGGACUAGCCAACCAGAUGAGCGUCCUGCUGCAUCAUCAGAUUCUACGCUGCCAUCAAAACCAACACUACAAACCCGAAAGUCUUAUGGUCCUGAUUUCGAUUUCCAGGAAUCUACCGUUCCGUUUGCCAAAUCUCCCUUACCACAAGAGGAUUCGGAUGAAGACUCUGAUUCUGGCCUUUUCGCCAAACCUAUAGCACGACCGGCCCCUCCCCAGGCUAAGAGGAAACCGGUUGCAAGCAGCUCUAAAAUCGAGGAACUGAAACCGACUUUGAAGGUUAAUACAGAGCCUAGGUCUUUCAAGGGUCGUUCUGUGGCAUUCAAAUCACCAACCACGGCAGGAGCCUCUGGGGGGAAUUUCCCAGCAAGUUCCAUGUUCGAUGGAACUGAAAAUCAGAAUUCCGCUGAUGCUGACACAAGCAACCCAUCUACGGAUGAUCGCGAUUACGACAGACGACGUGAAUCAUUCGUCAGGGACGAUAUUUGGGCAAGCAGACCACCUGUGGAAGGGAUGAUUGAUCAUCUAGACGACUUUUUUCCGGGUGUUGACCUAGAUGAACCUUACCUGGAUGGGAAUGCCCACUCUCCGCCUUUAUCACCUUCCGGGCCAUCCUCUCGGGAUGAAGCAGAACCGGAUGCAACAGAUAUCAGUGCCGCUACAACACAAGUUACUGGUACGACGACGGGAUAUCCAACCAUGACGGAUGUUCCAGAUGUGCUGGGGUCAGCAGAAUCAACACUCAAAGCAAAGAGAAUACCAAGUACCGUGGCGCACCGGAACUUGUCACGCUCAGGAGGAUUGAACAGAAUGAAAUCUAUUCGUGAAGUAGCAAAGGGAGCCCAUCAAGUGAACCGACACCAGAGUAUACAAAACAAGGGUGCAGCUGCUUCUGGGAUCCUUCGAAGGAAGAGUACCAAAAUGUUUGGUGCAAAAAUAAUGCAAAUUAGCCCAAAGCCAGGGACACGAUUAAGUGAUUUGGACCCAAUACCACAACAAGCCUCUGCAAUAAUACAACAAGGGAAAUUUCCGCAGCGUCAACCUACUUUCCGUAUCAUCAGGGGUCAACUGAUUGGAAAAGGAACAUAUGGAAGAGUUUAUCUGGGUAUCAACGCCAAUACUGGUGAAAUUUUAGCCGUGAAACAGGUAGAGGUGAAUCAAAAAGCUGCCAAUUAUGACAAAGACCGCGUUAAAGAGCUGGUUGCUGCCAUGGAUCAAGAGAUUGACACCAUGCAGCAUUUGGAACAUCCUAAUAUCGUUCAAUACCUCGGAUGCGAGCGAGGGGACCUUUCGAUAUCGAUUUACCUUGAAUAUAUUCCCGGAGGUAGUAUUGGAAGUUGUCUUCGAAAACAUGGGAAGUUUGAAGAGAGUGUUGUGAAAUCCUUGAACCGCCAAGUGCUAAGUGGUCUUGCUUAUCUGCAUGACCAGGGAAUUCUUCAUCGAGAUCUAAAAGCUGAUAACAUCUUGCUUGAUCUCGACGGUGCAUGCAAAAUAUCUGAUUUUGGUAUCUCGAAGAAGAGUGAUAACAUAUACGGUAAUGAUGUUACCAAUUCCAUGCAGGGUUCCGUUUUCUGGAUGGCUCCGGAAGUAGUUCAAUCCCAAGGCCAAGGGUAUAGCGCCAAAGUUGACAUCUGGUCACUUGGCUGUGUGGUCCUGGAGAUGUUCGCGGGUCGACGUCCAUGGAGCAAAGAAGAAGCUAUCGGAGCAAUUUUCAAGCUGGGGAGCUUAAACCAAGCACCUCCUAUUCCCGAGGACGUUGCACUUGCAAUUGAGCCCGCUGCUCUUGCAUUCAUGUAUGACUGUUUCACGAUCGAUACUUUUGACCGUCCAACUGCCGAAACUUUGUUGUCACAGCACCCAUUCUGCACGGUUGAUCCAAACUUUAAUUUCCUUGACACCGAGUUACACGCCAAGAUCCGACAUGUCCUUUAA